CAGUAGCAAUCUAGCCAGCGUCUGCAACAGUUAGCUUCACCUGUAUAGCUAGAAAAGGAUUGUCAUACGAUGGCAGGAGAAGCGAAGACAGACAAAAAGGAUUCCCAAGUCGAUGUUGAGUUCAAGAAGCGCGAUGCCAGCUGGCCCCUCGUGCUCUGGUACAUCCAUGUCUAUAUGCUGGGCAGCUAUGGCAUUUAUAUAACAUUUACGAGCGCCCUCUGGUCUACGAUUUUAUUCACUACCGCACUCACUUUACUGGGCAUUCUGGGCGUGACGGUGGGCGUGCAUCGAUUGUGGGCGCAUCGCACCUUCACAGCAGUUGCUCCGCUGCGUCUGUUCCUCAUGCUCUGCCAGACGUUGUCUGGCCAGGGCACCAUUUACAGUCGCGUGCAGGCACAUCGGCUGCAUCAUGCGUACUUCCAGAAGGACGAGGAUCCCUACUAUAGCAAGCAUAACUUUUGGUAUGCACAACUACAUGGCAAUCUAUUGAAGUACUCGCGACAGCAGGAGCAGCUCUUGAAGGAGGUGGACAUGUCCGAUAUAGAGAACGAUAAGAUCGUCAUGUUCCAGAAGCGUUACUAUGUGCUGCUCUAUAUUCUGAUUAAUGUGCUGCUGCCCGUGAAUACGCCGUUCCAGUACUUUGGCGAGGCCUUCAUCAACGCGCUGUUCGUGAGCUUCUGGCUGCGCAGUAUGAUUGUGUUGAGUGUCGGAAAUCUUGUGAACUCGGCGCAUUUCAUUUGGAGCAUACACAAGGGCUUCAAGCCCACCGACUCGAACAGCAUAUUUGUCAUUACGAAAUCCUUCUGGCCCCAAUUCCACUAUCUGCUGCCCAAUGACUAUCUGAGUGGGGAGUUUGGGGACUAUGCCAAUGGCACGGGCUCCACCAUGAUCCGUGUCUUUGCGGCCCUUGAUCUGGCCAAGGAUCUGCACACCGUCUCCUCGGUGGCGGUGCGCAAUGGCCUAACGGAGGCCGUGGAGAAGAAUCGUCCAAUAAUCGAGUGCAUCAAUGAGCAGGUGAAGCUCGAGGAGAGUUUACGCCCAUUCAACCAUUUUCUCAACCGCGAUAAGUUCAUGUGAGGCGCGCACGAUGGAAAUAAAUUGCUAGCAUUCAAUCGUCAAUUAUGCAUAA